UAUUAUUACUUGUUGCGAAACAUGUGAGCCUGUAUUCAAGUUGAAGUAUUCAUAGUAAGAUUGUUGUCGUAGCUUCCCGGUGCUCCGCGGGCGCCCAUCCCUCUGGCGAGCCGGCCGUGGGCGUGGUGUCGAGUUGGAUAAACAAGCCGCAGACGCCCAGUGACGCUAAGCCCGCAUCAGUCGAGCUUCCCCGCGGAGCAGCAGCAGCAGCAGCAGCCGAGACUCGCCCGCCCGACAACGUCUCCUCCAGCAGGGCGGUCACACAACCCCCUCCCCCUUCCCCCCCCCCUUUCUUCUCCCUUCUUUCGAUGGGGGACAACCGCACGCCCGCCGGGGGCGUCGUGCACGUGUAGCCGCCUGUUGGGCACCGAGACGCGGACAGAUGAGCGGCGGAGAAGUCCUCCUCCACGGCUGGCUGAGGAAGUCGCCGCCGGAGAGGAAACUGCGGAGAUACGCAUGGAAGAAACGCUGGUUCAUACUGCGCAGCGGGCGCAUGAGCGGUGACCCUGAUGUCCUGGAGUACUACAAGAACGACCACUCCAAGAAGCCAAUCCGGGUCAUCGACCUGCACUGCUGCGAGCAGGUGGAUGCCGGCCUCACCUUCAAGAGGAAAGAGUUCCAGGACAGCUUCGUGUUCGACAUCAAGACCUCGGACCGCACCUUCUACCUGGUGGCUGAGACCGAGGCGGAGAUGAACAAGUGGGUUCGCGCCAUCUGCCAGCUGUGCGGCUUCAACCAGUCAGAUGACAACAACCACGAUGUCCGACUGCAACACAUGCCGCGUUCCGUCGGAGCGGAUCUCUCCGGCUCCUCGGCCCCUCUGAGCGGCAGCGGCGGCAAGUCGUCGGCGCCCGUCCACUCCAGCCAGCCCGUCCUGUUCACCUUCGACGUGCCCGUUCGCCAAUCGUACCACAGCGCCCUGUCCAACAGCGCGCCGCAGGACUACCUCCUCCUGCACCAGUGCAUGAGCAGGAAGACGGAGAGCGCGCGGAGCGCCAGCUUCUCUCAGGCCACGAGAAGCAACGUCUUCAUGGGCAGCGACUCGGCCGUCCAGAAGCUGUCGCACGGCUUCUCGCACUGCCUGAACGGGAUGGGCGCUCAGCUGCACGGGUUCUACAGCCUCCCCAAGCCCGGAAAGCUGCACCCGCCGGCCGCGUCCGACGACUCCCCUCAGGAGGCCUGCUACGUGCUGCCCCGGGGCUACGAGGCCCACGGCGCUCCUUCCGAACUGGACCUGGAGAACGAGGAGGUGUACACCUUCCAGACGCCCUGCAACGCCCUCGCCAGCGACCGGCCCGCCGACAACUACGACCUCCCCACCCCGCCCGGUUCCUUCUACCAAAUACCGCGGACGUUCGAUAAGAACCACAACUCGUUGACUCCCUCCAGCUCGGAAUCGUCCUGCGCGCCCCCGCCCAGGCCGCCCAAGCCCGGCUCGGAUGGGCAGUGGGGGAGUCCGCACUCGCUAGGGAGCCAGAAUGGUGACGCUUCCGCCGCCGUGUCGGUCAUCCCCAGAAGGAAUACGCUGCCCGCCGUGGAGAACAUCAGGCUGCACAGAGGCUCGUCGUUUGAAACGAGCACCCAUCAGCGUCCGAUCCAUUUCAGCAACUCGGGCCAGUCUAUGGAGUCCGUCAACGACGGCUUCAGCUCGUACCUGAGAACCAGGACCCCCCUGACCCGCUCGGACAGCGGCAACUCGGACGACAACUACGUGCCCAUGAACCCCGGCUCGUCGCCGCUCAGCGCGGCCCUGGCGGACAGUCCAAAGAACGCGUACAUCCCGAUGAGCCCCGGGCCGCACCACUUUGACUUCCCGGGCUUCUCGGCCACGUUGCCCGCCCGCAAGGGGAGCGGCGCCUCCCUGUGCCAGCGGCCGGGACGCCUCAGCGACAUCACGCCGCCGCCCAUCAAUCGCAACCUCAAGCCCAACAGGAAGCCCAAGCCCACACCGCUGGAUCUCAAAAACAACGGCUUCAUCGACGAGCUGCCGUUUAAGAGCCCGGUCACCAUUUCCUGGACGCGGCACAUGCCCCCCGCAAACUCGGCGUCCUCGCAUCGCUGUCGACCCAUUUCCACGCAAAGCAUCACCAGCACCGACUCCGCAGACAGCGAGGAGAACUACGUGGCCAUGCAGAACCCGGCGUCGACCUCGCCGGCCGUGAGCGGGACCGGCAGCCCGGCCCUUCGCAAGAGCGGCAACGUUGACUACCUGGCGCUGGAUUUCCAGCCCGGCUCGCCCUCCGCGCAUAGAAAGACGGCAUAUCAAUGCGGAUUGCAUCGUCUUUCGAAAAACGUCACAUUCCAAAAAGCGCAUCACCGACAGUGGCUCUACUCUUACUACCGUCGACGUCCUCUGCGACGUCUGACGAGAAGGUGGACUACGUCCUGGUGGAUAAGGAGAAGACACAGGCGCUGCAGAGCACCAUGCAAGAGUGGACCGACGUGCGCCAGUCUGCUGAGCCCUCCAAAGGGGUCAAGUCUUGACACUGAGUACAAGUCACGUGUCCAUUUGUAAGAGGGUUGGGGGGUCUUGAACUUUUUGGACCACAAAGCAGCCAUAACUUUACUUGUAUUUAUGCCUGUUUUCUGCCAUGAGUCAAAACGUUUUCUUUUUUUUUUUUUUUUUUUUUAUUAACCAUCUAUGGACCAAAUAUUAUCCCUCCUGAGAAAUGACAAAAUUUUUUUCCUUGCGCUGAGCAGGGUACAGUAAAACCCCGAGCCCUGCCGUGAAUGGCGAAAAACUGUAAAAGACUCCUCCCCAAAAAGGCUCUCUAUAUUCAAAGUCAAAACCAUAAUUUUAUCACAAACUACCUUCUUCAAAUACAUCUUGCAGCAUUUGCUGUACAAUAAAAUUAUUUAAUUUUGGAGGAAAAAAAAAAUGCACCCGGAGUGGUUGUCUAGAUGCACACGCUCCCAAGACUUUUCGUAUUUUUUAUGAACAACCCAGGCUAAAUUUAGCUCUUUGUGUUAGGUUCUCCAUGGAAAUGUAUCAAUUUAAGACUUCAUUGACACCAAGUAAAACUUUUCUAUAAACCGGGGCUAUGUUGGCAUAAAAAUAAUAGCAAACAGCUCUGACAAAAUAUAAAAAGAAGCGUUUGGAAGCAGACAAUAUUUGAUGCCGUCACCAGAUUCUGAGCUAUUUUCCAACACUUUGGUCACUUAAAAGAGACUCGUACUUUUUCGCAGAAUUCCAAACAUUUCACGAGACCAACAUUAAAACCAUUCCAAGUUUUGGGUUGAAUUCAAAAUAGUACUUUGAAACUUUAGAGGUUCCUCCGUAACCGUUUUUGUGGGUACGAGCUCGACGUCUCCGUUUCUGUUUCAAGCCGAAGCUGAAGGCCUCGAAGCGGGCCUGAAAGGAGUCGAUCGAGUCGACAGUGAGCGUCUCAGGUGCCCCCGCGUCGCGUGCACUGACCCUACCAAGAUGGCCGCUCCUUUUCGCUUUCCAAGUCCGGCGCUUGAUUAAGUGCACUCACGAAAGAUAACGGCCGCGUCCGUCCAUCGCGUUUAAAUAAGCCUGACACGAGGAAGUCUAGUAUUGAGAUGCCUUUGAUUGCUCUUUUUGCCGCAUUCAAGGACGAGUCCAUGUAUUUUGAGUUGGUGGGCCGGGACCACUGGAGGCCCCCCCACCCCUUUUUUUUUUUUUUUUUUUUUUUGCCGGCGUCCACUGACAUGCCUCCUCAUGAUUUUUCUACCAUUUUUACUGCUUUUUAUAUAUUUUUAAAAAAUAUUUUCAUUUUUUACUCCCAAUCAAGUACAGUAUAAUCUACUAAAGAGUAUAAGAGCCACACUGAAAAGAAGAAGUGAAAAAAAUGACACUAUGAGAUAAAGUCAUCUAACUGCCGGAGACAAAUUAAUUUUGUGUUUUGGCCAAUGAAGAAUAUUUUGAUUGCGAUUUUAUGGUGUAGAAGUUAUAUAUUUUGAAAGAUUCAUUUUUUUGUAAUGUCAUUUUUUGGGUUCAAAAAACAUAAUUAUUUCCAAAUAUAUUAUUGUCGUGUUAUUACUUUAUCAUGAGUAUGGAAUUUAUUCUAAUAGAUUAACUUUAACCCUGCAACUAUAUGACUUUCUUCUUAAAAAUACGAGUUAAAUCUUGAAAAGAAAACUUUUUUUUCUCAAAAAUGUGCAACUCUAUUUUUUAUAAUUUUACUACUUGAAUCAUGAAAAUAUGAUGUUUUUCUUGCAGAUGUAUAACUUCAGUAUUGUAAUAUGACUAAAUACUAUAUAUCACUCUCAUAAUGUAUGACUUCAAUGUCUUAAGAUAUAGAAAUUUGAGGGAACGUAUACUACUUUAUUCUAAAAAAAAAAAAUCUGAUUAAUCUAAAAAUAUGUGUGACUUCAUUCACAUAAUAUUUAAUUAAUCUUGAAAAUAUAUUACUAUUAUUAUGACUUUAAUGCAAUUUUUAAAAUCCCCAAACCUUUUUUUUUUCAACUAUAUGUCCAAUUUUUCUUGUAAUAUUACAACUUCAGAAUAUAAUAAUUUAUUUAAAAAAAAUCAAAUUUUUCAUUUUUGAAAAAGUCUAAAAUUUUAUUCUGGAAAGAUUAAAACUGCCACCUUUUAUUGUUAUUUUUCUUACAUUUUUUUUUUCACUGUGGCCUCAAUACUACUUUGUAAUUUUCCAAUCAGGGAGGGAGGCAAAAUGAAGCUUUAUGUUUCUUACAGUGUGCAUUUGUUUAUAUUCCAUUUGGAGAAAAAAAAAAAAGAAAAUGCGGGCAGCCUGGCAAUUUGCAUGCAGAGCGAGCAGAAAAAGGAAAAGAAAAAAAACAGACUGAAGGAAAACGAAAUGGCCGCCGCUCCUGAUGUCAUUUAGAAUCCGCCAAAUGAGCCAGCCGCGCGUGCGUGUCGUGUUUAGACUGUGAUCGUGCUAGCGUGUGGCGUCACGAUGGUGGGGAGAACCACGUACUGUACUUGUAGACAUGAUGAUGUUUGUUGUUCAUGAUUGUUUCAUUUUUUUAACCACUGGUAUUGCUCCUACUGUAAAAGCGUUCGCGGGCCGCUCAUACGUUUGUGUGUUAAUUUAUUAAUUUAUUGCACCCCCCCGCGCCUGGCGUCGCUCUCUGCGGCCGCCGGUCACAUUGUUAGGUACACUUGGGCCAUUGAAAAAGAGAUCCCGUCCAAUAACAAUCACUAAAAGCAGGAGAAAAACUCACAGAACAGCACUCAAAUCGACCAAAAAUGGCACGAAAUCAAACCAUUUCAUUGUUCCGCCUCUCACUAUAUGUCACUGGCACAGUGAGUGAGUGAGUGAGUGAGUGCAUGUGUGACCGACCGAGUGAGUGAGUGAGUGAGUGAGUGAGUGAGUGAGUGAGUGAGUGAGUGAGUGAGUGAGUGAGUGAGUGCAUGAGUGACCCAGUGAGUGUGUGAGUGAACGAGUGAGUGAGUGCGUCAGUGACCGAGUGAGUGAGUGACCAAAUGAGUGAGUGAGUGACCGACCGAGUGAGUGAGUGACCGAGGGAAUGAGUGAGUGCGUCAGUGACCGAGUGAGUGAGUGACCAAAUGAGUGAGUGAGUGACCGACCGAGUGAGUGAGUGACCGACCGAGUGAGUGAGUGAGUGCGUGAGUGACCCAGUGAGUGUGUGAGUGAACGAGUGAG